GCAUUCUGCCCUAUUUGCGCGGUCGUUACGCCCUCCUUCACUCUAAAGACGGCCUUGUGUGAGGAGGUAGUGAGGAAUGGCCUACCCAGCUUCGGUGGUGCUGAUUGGUAACAGCAGCCUGCAGUUCUUGGAUGUGAUUGGCUCUGGGGGGUUCGGACAGAUCUACAAGGCCAAGCACACAGAAUGGGGGGUGGACGUGGCUGUCAAGAUGCUGCACUAUGACGAUGGAGGCUCCUCCCUCCUUAAAGAGGCGGAGUUGAUGCGUAAGGGAGGGAGCACCUAUGUGCUGCGUAUUUUGGGGGUGUACCAAGGCGUUCCCCCAGACGAAGGCCCCUCAUCCCGGGUGGGGCUGGUGAUGGAGUUUAUGGAGAGGGGCUCGUUGGCAUCUCUGCAGGAGAGGCUCAGUGGACCCCCGCCCUGGCCCCUGGCCUUUCGGCUGGCCCAUCAGAUCGCUCUGGGCAUGAACUUUCUCCAUUGUCUAAACCCACCGCUGCUGCACUGUGACCUCAAACCCGGCAACGUGCUGCUGGACGACGGCCUCAGCGUCAAGCUCACAGACUUCGGUUUGGCCAAGUUGCUCAGAAUUUCCUCCACGGGGUCCAAACAGGAGGAGGGAGGCGGUACCACUAAGUUCAUGCCCCCCGAGGCCUUCGACCUCUCAUACAAACCAACUCCUAAGUUUGACGUCUACAGCUAUGCUGUUCUUCUCUGGACUAUCAUCACAGGGGAGAAGCCGUAUUGCCAUGCUUGGUCCACUCUGGUUAAGGUAGGGGUCCCUGAUGGAGCCAGGCCGGACAUGGCAGCAGUGGACAGUGGAAGGGUGGAGGGUCUGGGAAGCCUGGUUGAGCUCAUGAAGAAUUGCUGGGACUCCAACCCUGAAAAAAGGCCCUUCUUUAAAGACUGCCUGCCGGUGACAGAGAAGGUGUUUGAGCAGCACAAGCGUGGGAUAAAUGCCGCCGUCUACAAAGUGCAGUUAUUACUGGAUUCGCAGGGUGAGGAUUGCAUGGAUGCUGUCGAUGCUGUCCCGGUCCUUCCUGCUCAGUCCCCUGUCAGAGCUGCACCAGCAGAGAGUAUGAAGACGGUGCCCCUUCCUACUCAGGAAACAGGAAGACUGACCACAAACCACGAGGUCGAAGGAGCUGGUCAGACUUUGAUCUCCGAGGGGGACUGGAGUCUUAGCCUCAUGAAUAUCCUGGAUGACCUCACCGGCGAGCAGUUCAGUCGAAUGAAGUCGCUAAUGAGAAGCUCCACGAUGCCACUGUGCCAGUCUAUUCCCCGUGAAGAGCUGGAGGCGGCAGGGAGACAGCAGCUAGCAGAGCUAAUGAUGGACCAUUUGGGGGAGAACGACUCCAUCCUGGCCACGCAAGCCCUGAUGAGGGAGAUCCCACGCAAUGACUCGGCGAUGCAGCAGAUGCUGGAGCCCUUUGUGAAGCAGGUCCAGGCUGGAGCUGGUCAGACUUUGAUCUUCGGGGGGGCCUGGAGGCGUGGUCUGAUGAAGAUCCUGGAUGACCUCACCGCCCCGCAGUUCAGUCGAAUGAAAUGGCUGAUGAAAAUUUCCUCUGGGUCGCCGUGCCGGUCUAUUCCCCGGGCAGACCUGGACACAGCAGGGAGACAGCAGCUGGCAGACCUCAUGAUAGAGCAUUUGGGGGAGAACAACUCCAUCCUGGCCACGCAAGCCCUGAUGAGAAAGAUCCCACGCAACGACUCGGCGAUGCAGCAGAUGCUGGAGCCCUUUGUGAAGCAGGUCCAGGCUGGCGGGCACUCCCAGUGAUGGUAACCCUCAGUGUCCGAAAACAGACCUGGCCACACCUUCACCCAAACGUGGAGUAACAUUUAAUUUAGAAACUGAGUAGGGAGUAAACCGAAUUGCCUUCAUACCUCUAUAGUUUUAAUGUUCAGAUACGUCUGUUUAAAUGAAUUGCCCCUUUUCUACUAAAUGUUUCAGAGUGUGAUGAAUGUCAGCAUGAGGAUACAGGAGUACAGAGCUAGAUACCAAAAGUGCUAAUAAGGUGACCAAGCCAUUCAGUCCAGCUAGGAUGAUGGUUUUAUCCGUAGUCUUGACCGUAUCGACGACCCUUUCCAACCUCGUCUGGGAUACUGUGUCUCUGCUUCCACCGCAAAUCCUGGCAAGCUGUUCCAUGCAUCCUUUCUCACAUUCCCAUAUCCCUACAUCCUUGUGUGACCUGGAAAUCGGUCACCGGUUGACACCGCAGGGAGUAUUCCAGUUCUGUCAUCCAUUGUCAGGCCCAUUGUCACUGUAAGAACCGUUCUACCCGUGUAGUCACUGCAGGCGCAUCGUAAAGGAUGGCAGCAACCAUGAACAGUGCUAUCAGCCAAUCAAAUGGAACCAGGGACUGAAUUACUGUUUGUAAGGGACCAGUACAGCAAAGCUGUACAGGAAAAUGCUGCAGAUUACAGGUGCUGGGCAUUGCUCCUAUACUCUCAACCUGUGGUGAAUUAGUGAGACGCUGGUAUGUAUGACUGUGCUAGUGCAAAUUCACACUUGUUGUCGGUGCUACUCUCAGACCAGUUUGCCUUGCUGGAUUCCGCUGUCUUUAGACGCACGGUAUCGAUGCCUGUUUGCAGUCUGAAACCUGCCUUUCAUUCACAUGUUUGCAUAUGUCACAUGACUGAAAAGCCUUUUAUGUUUCACACUGUCAUGGACUGUCCAAGAGGUCAGGUCGUGUGUCAGCGGUGCACAGUCCAGAUGGCCCAACGGGAGAUCGUGGGGAAGCUGGAAUGUUAUACCUCCCUGUACUUCAAGGCAGAGGCAAAAUUACAACCUCCGAAAGAACUUUAAAGAAGUAGAAGUGCUUACCCCUAGCAGCUGUCAGUGGCUGUCAGUGCCAUGUAGGUCGAACACUAAAUAACAAGCAAGAGGCUGUUUACAAGGACUCGGGAGCAUCUUCCUUUUCCCUCAUGGCAGGGAAGAUGGUCCUGUUUUCCGCUCCUGUUGCUUGGUGAGUUUUGAAUCAGUUAGCAUUGUUAAUUUUGAGUGGCAUUUAUUCUUUUCCUGGAGACCCAAGAAAAUAUGAAUUAUUAUUCUUAUAAUAUGUAACACUGCCAAGAAGGUAUUCACUGUACCUUACAACACCAGUAGUGGGAUAGUAGUGUGCUAUGUACAUUCAGGGAUAUAAGAAGGGGGUUGUGUCUUCUUUCUCAGAUGCAGGGACAGAGCA